CUCUUCAUCACCCAGCGAAUUCACUCGAUAUCCUUUACGGUCCAUCCCUUACCUCUCCGAUCCAGCCAUUCCCAAUAUUCGUCUCCAUACCAGACACAGAGCACCCUCUUGUCUUGUCUUGUCCUGUCCUGUCCUGUGCCCGGCCUCUCCCUUGCGCUGCUCCCACUGCCCUUGGAGAGGCUUGAAAACCAGCGCAUUCUUUGAACAAACAACCGCUUGUUGAUUCGGCUAUCAUCCCGUCGCAUUGGGAUUUGCGAUCCUCCCUUCCGCCCCGGCCUCGGGUUGGUUGUUUUUCAACCACUGUCGUUUAGCUUUUCCCCAUUCCGACGUUUGGAUACAGUGGAGCUAUGGCAUCUGAACAGGCUUACGGCGUGACGCCUCCCAUUUCCGUGCAACUCCCAACGGAAGCCGAACUGCGACAAUCGGACGCUCUUCUGGAAGAACUGAAGCGUCAAAAGACCUUCGAGAGUCCUGCAGAGACAGCCAAGAGAGAAGAGGUCUUGGCCUCGAUCCAAACCAUUUGCGAUGCGUUCGUCCGUCGAGUCGCCCAGGAGAAAGAACCCAAGAACGAGGUCCUCAUACGAAAUGCGAGAGGCAAAGUCUUCACCUACGGCAGUUAUCGCCUCGGCGUCUACGGCCCCGGCUCUGAUAUCGACACUCUCAUCGUCGCGCCGAAAUACGUGACCCGCGAGGACUACUUCAAGUUCUUCCCAGAUCUGCUUCUCUCGAUGGCUCCUAAAGAUGCCAUCACUGACAUGGCUGUCGUGACUGAUGCUUUCGUACCCAUCAUCAAAUUUGAGUACUCUGGCAUAAGCAUUGAUUUGAUCUUUUCUAGGGUUAUUCAGAAGCAACUAUCUCCCGAUUUCAAAGACCUGAAGGACUCUGGCCUGUUGCGCGGCCUAGAUGAGGCAGAGCUGCGAUCCCUCAACGGCACACGAGUAACGGACGAGAUUCUUACACUAGUACCUGAACAGAGCACAUUCAAGAAUGCUCUGCGAGCCAUCAAACUGUGGGCGCAACGGCGCGCUGUCUAUGCCAACAUCAUGGGUUUCCCUGGUGGUGUUGCUUGGGCUAUGCUCGUCGCACGCGUUUGCCAGCUUUACCCAAAGGCUACUUUCUCGGUGAUUGUUAACAAGUUCUUUUUGGUUAUUAGCCAAUGGCGCUGGCCGCAACCCGUUCUUCUCAAGCCUAUCGAGGGCGGUCCUCUCCCUGUUCGAAUCUGGAACCCCAAGCUUUACAAGGGUGAUACUUUCCAUCUAAUGCCGGUCAUUACUCCUGCGUAUCCUUCCAUGUGUGCCACUUUCAACAUUACUCGCUCGUCAAUGGCGAUUAUCAACCGAGAACUUAAGCGGGCUCUUCAGAUAUCUGAGAGUAUCAUGGUUGGCAAGCGCCCCUGGAGCGAUCUUUUUGUCAAGCAUACGUUCUUCACCGCAGGUUACAAAUACUACAUCUCCGUUACCUCAGCUGCGAAGACAAAGGAGGCCCAUACGAUCUGGUCUGGUUAUGUUGAGUCCAAGGUUCGAAUGCUAGUGCAGAAACUUGAGCAACAUCAGUCCAUUGCUCUAGCCCAUGCCUUCAAUAAGGGCUAUGAACGACACCACCGAUGUCACAAUCAGGAAGAGAUCGAGGCUGUGCAGGAAGGGAGUCUCGAUUACCUAUGUAAGGAAGACACGGAGCAGACUUCUGCUGUCAAGAUUGAGCCCGCAGUGGCCGAACUACCAAUCAAGACUGAAAACGGGGAGAAUGGUCAGCCCAUCAAGUCUGAGAACGGUCAGGACGGCAAUCAAGUCAAGACCGAGAACGGUGAGAAUGGUCAAGUUAUUAAACCCGAGUCUACAGAAGAGACUGGUCCUAUCACGGCCGUGCCUGUCAAACCUGAGACAUCCGAUGAUUCCAAACCAACAGAUACUCCCGCAGCAAACGGCCCAUCCGACAUCUACACAACUACGCACUAUAUUGGCCUCGAGUUGGCUUCUGGUAUGUAUCAAGCUUGACAUGUUUUCGCAUAUCUUCGGUAUUUGAGACUUCCCAAUACUGACUCAACAGGCGCCAAAUCACUUGAUCUUUCUUACCAGG